AUGAAAGGAGACACCCCUGUAAACAGCACCAUGAGUGUAGGACAGGCAAGGAAGCUGGUGGAACAGCUGAAGAUUGAGGCCAGUUUUUGUCGAAUCAAGGUAUCGAAGGCGGCCGCGGAUCUAAUGGCAUACUGUGACGCUCAUGCCUGUGAGGACCCCCUCAUCACACCUGUGCCCACCUCAGAGAACCCCUUCAGAGAGAAGAAGUUCUUUUGUGCCCUGCUCUGA